CCUCGAGCUCACGUGUAAUCUCGAAACAGACGGAGACAUGAAGACACGGAAACGAAAAAACAAAGAUUAUGGAUAACUUGUUUGACAGGUUAAAUGCACCAACCGAAUCUGUCCGAUCACAUUUAGACAUUUUGAAUGGGUACCCGUUGAAAUUUCAGGAUGUCAGCGACGACAAGCGUACGGAAUGGGUGAAAUCACAUUCCGAUGCGAAUGUUUACAAGCAAGAUGGCGGGAAGGAAACAACCAUGCAAAAAGCAUCGGGAACUAAGGAAGAGCGCCCUUCUCCCUUUGUCAUUCCAAAGAAGAAGAGACGUACUAACGAUGUACUGUUGGAUGUGAAGGUGAGCUCGAGAGAUUUCCAGCAUGAGAUACUGCCAGCUAUUACCAAAAGUUAUCGCCAGCCGCAGUCCAGUUCAAGAUUUGUUUACGACCAAGUCCAGACUGUUCAAAACACGUACCUGACAGAUGCAUAUAUGGAAAAGAGGAGGGAGCUGCGUGGGUGUGGAUAUGUUGAGAAGGAACUAUCGGAUAGCUUUGCAUUUCUAUGUAUGGACAUAGAGAACGAGGAAGAGACCAACAGAAUCUGCAGAGAAGGUCUUCAUGUAGGAAACAGUAACGAUUCUUGUCUAGGACACCCAGAGAUGGGAAUUCAUCUAUGUAAGCAUGCUGACAUUUUGAAACCAGUUGGAUUAAAUUUGGGACAUUCUGGACAUCUCAUUGUCUUUAAAGUCAUGAAGGGAAAGAUUAAAUCAGUCAUGGAAAACAGAAGUGGGAGUCGCCUUGAGCCCACCCCUAACUUUGACUGUCACCUGUCCUCAACCAGCGGCAAUGACCUGGGCUCGCUGAACCACCACAACUUGUACGAGUCGACUCAGUUGUACCUGUAUGAGUAUGGAGAUGAAAAUGUCAGAGAUGUACCACGGAAUGCCUGUCCUGUCGCUGUUGUUAGGUUUACCUAUAAUGAAAGUCAAAAGGAUGUCAAGUCUCCAGAUAUGAGCAGUCCAAAGUUUUCAAUGCGGUCGCCACUAUCGGUGAAACCAAUCCCAAUCUCUCCACAAAUCAAGACCGAGAGUCAGAACUUUGUGGUAUGGACUGGUCAUCUAACAGUCAAAGGGUUGUAUGCUUGCUCAGUAGAAAUGAUAUCCAAAGCUGGACAUGCAAAGCCUUCCAGAAUUGGUAAGGGAGUCAACAUCACACACAAGAUGCCGAUAGCUCAGGCGAGGAAGAAGUACCUCCAGAGGGUAACGUCGUUAGACAGGAAGCACGAGGGAUACUGGAAUGGUUACUAUAUCAAUGUGUGUGAACUUCAUCCUGUCAAACCUGAGGGCAAGUCACACUUCCAGAAGGUUAUGAACUACCUAGGAAAGCACAACUGUGUUGCUAUUAGGAAGCUAGAGAAGGAUGUUGUGUUACUACUACUGACAGCCAGUGAACUCACAUUCCAGCUGGGGUUGACCAAGCCACAUCAAUAUCCUGUGAUUCUGUACAGCAUAUUUCUCUCCAGGACUUCAAGAAAGCAUGGAGCUGUUCAAACUGAUCCUUUGAUCCAGUCAGUAAUUACUAUACCACCAGCUGGCUUAGCAAAAAGUGUGAGCUCUGAUCCCCGCCUAAGAGAAAAAACUAAACCCCUUCACAUCAACCUCCCUCCCUCAAGUGUACCCCAUCAAGGUUUUUCAGAAAACUCAAUACAUUCCACUACAGCUAGCCCUAGUCACAACUUCCCUAGUCCCAUCUAUGUACAUAUGCCCCCACCUCCCUCCCCAACUAAAGGAAUGAGGUUAGCAACAAGAGUUUCUCCAUUGGUAGGGGUGGCUCCAAAGAGGUGGACAGCAUCUUCCCCUCCUCCUGUACUUAUCCUUCCAGCUUUCUUUCCCAGUCAGCCUCCCCCACCCCUGACACCUCCAGUGAUGGCCCCAACCUCACCCAUCCAAGGUCUAAGGUCACCUGUGCAUGCCCCCAUGUCACCAAUUAAUCCUUGGACACUAAUUCCUCCCCCUCCUCCCCCACCCCCCAGGACCCCGACCCCAGGGAUAACUCCUGACAGUCCAUACUUCUCACAAUCAGUGGACGUCGUGCAGUCUUUAUAUAGUCCCGUAACAAGUCCAGUUACAAGUCCUAUGAACCGUUCAGCAUCUCCUUCCCAGUCACUGCAGUACUGUCUGCCCCAGACUAGGCCAAUACAUAACAGUAGUGUGUAUAUGGGUGCAAUUGGACAGCCAUCCUCCCCAAGAGAUCCCAGAGAUCCACGAGACCGUGCCAGAGACCCAAGGGACAGAGAUCCACGCCACACAAGAGAUUAUCCAAGGAGCCCACGAGAGCAUGCCUGGGACCCACGGGCUGGCAGUGGCUACAUAUCUCAAGUGUCGCAGUCAGUGAACAGAGACCCUGUCCUAGAUGGAGGAAAAAGCCCUGUAUCCUCAGGUCCACUCACCUCUAGUCCACAACAUCCUACCCAGCCUCCUCCAAAACUCCAGACUCCUCCUCCUCCUUCUUCUCCCAGACAUGAAUCGGAAGGAACACGAUUUGAAUCACCACGGCACUUUUCUAGUUAUCCACCCAAAACCAGCCUCCUAUUGUGCGAUCAGAUCAAGUCAGAAUUCACAAAGCAAGCAAAACUGCUAGAAUCAAUAGCGCAUCGAAAUUUGACUAAGUCUCGAACACUGACAAAUCAAUCAAAUGGUCUCUUUAGUAUGAGUUCAGACAGUGAGUCCGAGAUGUCGGACACGGAGAUGAAUCGUAUUGUUAAAAGAUUCUGUGUACCGACGGACGACUCCAUGGACACAGAAAACAGUGCCAAGGGAAGCCCUUCAAAACCAUUACAGGAGGAAUCCUGCAUUGAAGAAGUUAUGCAUAUGAAAGAACUUCUGAACAAAAGUUUGGAAAAGGCAACUGUAAAAAAGACAGGAAAAAUAAAAGACUUGCAGAAGCAGGAAGCGGAAGCAAUGCGACAGUUGCUAAAUAGUGUCUCGUGUGACAAAAAUCUGCAACAGAAAGGAAAGGUUAUAGCAGGGUGCAAGCAGAAGCAAUCAACUUUAUCAGUGAAACCGUUGCCACAUAAAAAUGAUCGGGAGAAAAAAGUCUCAAAGACAUGUAGGGACAAAACCAUAAGUUCUAAGCUUGAAAAGCUUGAUUCCAAAAAACCAAGAGAGCGUAGUCAUUCUCAAAGUGAGUCAACACGACAACUUAUCUGUAAGGAAAAAGAGCGAAAUAGUCAUUCUAAAAGUGAGUCGACUAGGCAAAGUGGCUGUAAAGAGCAAGAACAAAAACCUAUCCUGUCUAAAAAGCCAAUAUCUGGAAAUGAAAGUGAGUAUAACCUAGCAAACAGUAACCAGAAGCACAUCUCAAAAUCAAAAACUUCUGACAAAAAAUGUGCAAAACCACGGGAGGAAGCCUGUUCAUCUAAGGCUGCCAGUUAUGAAAAGAUCUUGGAGGAAACAAAAGAACAAAAAUCUAUUAAAAGUAGAUCAAGAACAUCCAGCACCAGUUCACAAAGCAGCCGUGGUAUUACCGACGGCAAAAAGUCUGUCGCAAAAUCUUCUGCUCCUAAGCCUUCAAAAAACCCGGAGCAGGCCGAUACAAAACCGGAUAGACUGAAAACAUUUUCAGAAAAGUAUGAAGAGUCUUGUUCAAAGAAAAAGCAAAAGGUGGAUCAAAAGACAUUGCCAAAACAUAAAAUUUCAACAAGUAUCAAAAGUUCCCCUGUGAUAGCAAUGAAAAUGGACAUAUCAUUACCAGUGAUGGCUAGCAAAUCGCAAACUAAGACACUCCAUCCAGAACCUCCAUCAAGGGUAAGCAAGUCAUCCUCCAGCAAAGUCCGGGCUCGCGCUUACAGUUCUAGUGAAGUAGGGAAUAGUGUUAAAGUUUGUGAUGAGCAAGUGAACAGUGCCCCAAAGAAGGCAAAACUAGACCCUGCAAUUAGCUCUGGGAAAAAAUCCAGUUUGUGGUGCGAUGUCAACGUGAAUUCAGACGCAUCGAAAAAACCUGUUCCCAAGAUCGACGAGAAACAACAGACCAAUGAAAAGAAGCUGUCCUUCAAGAUCAAGGGACAAAAAUCUUUACUGCAGAAAGAUCCUCUGAGUGUCAACAAGGGAAGCAAAAGAGGUCUUAAGUGUGGAAAAUCAUCUUCAUCAUCAUCUUCGUCAUCGUUGUCAUCAUCUGCUAAAAGAACAAAUGCGGUCAAAGAAAAGCGAAAGAUAAAAUCAGGGGUCGGAACCAAUCGUGAAAAGUGUUCAAUAGAAGAUGUCCUGCCUGGGUUAUAUAGCUCGGACAUGUCCAAGUUGGGAAGGAUUCCCAAGUUGCCAAAGAUACCUAAAAGAGGACAAACAUCUUCAAAAACAGACACUGCUUCUACUUCUACUUUAACGCCACAAGCUGCUUCCAACUUCAUCACUAUAAAACCAUCAGCUGAUAUCAACACCUCAUCUGAUCUGCGAUCAUCAGCCGAUGUCAACAUCUCACCUGCCCUACAAUCAGUUGUUGUCAGAAAAUCGCCUGCCCUAAAAUCAUCUGAUGUCAAAAUAUGUCCUGCCCUUCAAUCAUCUGAUGUGAAUGUCCCACCACCUGGCACUCCUGAACCCAUCCAUGAUGCCAAGGCAAUGUUGGUUGUCGCUCCACUACCAUCCAAGGUAGAGAAAACUUCAAAGGAUGGUGCGGUACACCCAUCAGUCAAGCAUGUAAAUGAUACAGACAAAAAUAUCAAGCAUGUAGAUGAUGCAGACAAAGAUAUCAAGCAUGUAGAUGAUGCAGACAAAGAUAUCAGAACAUUGCCAGCAAGUAUGGCUGAAGGAUCUAAACCUCCAAAAGCAACUGAACAUGCAAAAUCCAGAACAUCAAUAGAAAUUUGUUCAGAAGAUAAUACUUCAAGCAACGUUAUUUUACAAGAAACUGAAUCAAAAGAUGAAAACAAAUCUGCAGGUGGACAUAAGCAUAAUCAGAGUUUGAUGGAAGAACCGAAAGAUACUUCAUGUAAUAGACCAAUGUUAGAACAGAAUGUCAUGUUAAAUCCUGUACCAGAACUUCGUUUCCUUGACCAAAGUUCUCAAAAGACUUCAUAUAGUUCUUCUUGCUGUUCCUCCAGAGGUUCCUCCGCGGAGAGGGAUUCUAACACUGCACCAGAAAAAAGGCGAAAACAUCUCCGAAAAAGGGACAAGGUAGAAAGCCCUCUGGACAGUAUUAUGAAAUCCAUUAGAAAGUCUGCUGCUGCCAAACUACGAAGCAGUCCUCAGAGUUGGACUGACAAGAAUCAGAGUAAGAGUCCAGGUUUCAGCUCUGACACAGAAAGAUCAAAUGACUCGGCCAAAUCAUUUGCUGGCUUUAAAGGGAAGACCGAUGAGGAUAUUGAGAAAAGACUUCAGAAAAAGUAUGACAGAGAUAAUUCCAAAUCCAGUAAUACUGAAAGGUCAACUGAAGUUCUGAAGUUUGAUGAUCUGCCAUCAGUAAACCUUGGUUUCAUGAUACCGGGGAGCUCCAAUAGGAUAUGCCAUGUUUAUUCCAAAGAAAAUACUGCAGAAGCUCCACGGAUCAAAAGACAAUCUGCUAAGCGAGAACGAUCAUCCUCAACGGAACGCGUAUCCCCUGCAUUGGAUGAUCUCCCUUUGAUUGACAAAGACAAUGAAUCUGGUCAUUCAAAGAUUCUUAGACUUGAAGAAACUGGUGAGUUAGCUGUUAAAGAUUCAAGAACACAGUCUUUUGCACAAGAGAAGUCAAUCACACCAGAAAUUGUUAUUCCUGGACUGGGUGAUCUCCCCUUGUCAGAGGUUGAUCAAGAUUGCAGAAGUUCAAAUGUUGUUUAUAAUCCAUUAAAACUUGAAGAAACUGCUGAGUUUUCUGGCAAGAAAACACCUCACUCUACCAAAAGAGACAGAUCAAUCACUCCAGAAAUUGUUAUUCCUGGAUUGGGUGAUCUCCCUCUGAAAGACUUGUAUGACAAUUCUCAAACUUCAAAAAUUGUGUAUGAUCCACUUAAAUUGUCUAACACAGCUGGAUAUGCAAGAGAAGAAGCAAUACAACCUGCAAAAAGAGAAAGGUCAGAUAUACCGAAAACAGUAAUUCCUGGACUGGGUGAUCUCCCCUUUCCUGACCAAACCUCUCCCAACAUAAAUCAAACAGGACCUACGAACACAGCAGGACUAGAACCUUUCAAGACAGAAACUGCAGCACAGGAGAAUCCUAAAUUGAACACUAUGAAUGUGGAUUCCCAAAUGUUUGAAGAAAGAAAAAUUCAUUCAGCUGAGGACAGAUCCUCUGUGUUUAAUCCUGUUAAACCUCUGGAAAAUGCUUCUUCUGCUUCCUCCUCUGCUAAAGAUAGCAAACCUGCCACCCCAAGUUCAGGUGAAUCUGUACAGGAUGUUGAUUCUGACGAUGGAGAGCUAGUGGUGAAUAGCACAAGAAAAGUUGAGCGAGCAGGUUGGGAGCUGAAGUUGAGGAUCACCAUUCCUAACGAUCUCGGUGGGGAUGCUCGUGUCGACCUUGCGACCUUGGAUCAGACCAUCAGACAGUCACUGCAUGGCCAUGGACAGUUUAGUCGACUGACACCCAGUGAAACACUCCUCAUGACCACCAUUAACAGGGUGGUACAUAAGAAGUCGUUUGAAAGCCCGGACCAGCGCCAAGUGGAGGAAUUAAAUGGACAGAAGAAAGAUUCUACCAAGAGCAAAAAAAGCUCUCACUCCCCAAGUAUUGCAGAGCUCACAAGAAAUCUCUCACCGAGCUUGGUGGAGUUUGCUAGGAAGCAUCUCUCCCCGAGUGUAACAGAUUUCACCAGGAAGCAUGACCCUGAUAUUGACCUUGAACCCUCGGAUCAUUUAAGCGAUUUUGUGUCUUACGAAAGUUGGGGAAGUAACAGGAAUACUGACAGCCUAACAUCAUCUACAAAAUCUACAAAAUCAGAAAAGAAGUGUUUUGCGAAAAACAACCACAGUGCAAGUUCUACAGAAAAGUUGGCUAGUAGUGAAUCAAAACCAGCUUCACCAAGCACAUCAUCUUUACCCGCAAGCAUGAAAUAUGUUCCAGAUUCAGCCUUUGUCCCUAAGAAAGGAUCUUUGGCUGGUAAAUCAUUCAUGGACAGGACAAGGGCUGUUAGUGCUGUUUCUUCAUCAUCAAACCGUGGUGCAGACAUUGUACCACCCCAGUCCACCGCAGCCUCCUCUGGAUAUUCUAGUGACCUGUCGGAUUCCUCAACAACUACUCGUACAGUUACUUAUGCACCAAAGAAGGAUUCAUCAUCCACAGUUAAAAGUGAUUCUUCUGACAAAAUUCUUAGGAAAAGUAAAACAAAUUGUGCCAUGUCUGAGAAAUCCUCAUCUGAAACAGAUAACUCUGAAUCAAAGGAAGCAUCUGAUUCUACCAGAGUUGAAAAAUUAUUGACAGACAUUGCUAGCAGUAGUGAAAAUCAUAAAAAUGAAAAGUGUGUUAAAGAAAAGUCAUCUGCAAAAUUUGCAAAUAUAUCAAAAAUGUCAGCUACUACACCACCAGAAACUGUAUCAUCACCCGUCUCAUCUACAAAUCUGUCAGAACCUGCAUCAUCAUCACCCGUCUCAUCUACAAAUCUGUCAGAACCUGCAUCAUCAUCGCUGUCUUCUACCAAAACAUCGGAAAAUGCAUCAUCAUCACUGUCUUCUACCAAAACAUUGGAAAAUGCAUCAUCAUCACUGUCUUCUACCAAAACAUCGGAAACUGCAUCAUCAUCGCUCCUUUCUACCAAAACAUCGGAAAAUGCAUCAUCAUCACUGUCUUCUACCAAAACAUCGGAAACUGAAUCAUCAUCACUGUCUUCUACCAAAACAUCGGAAACUGAAUCAUCAUCACUGUCUUCUACCAAAACAUUGGAAACUGCAUCGUCAUCGCUGUCUUCUACCAAAACAUCGGAAACUGAAUCAUCAUCACUGUCUUCUACCAAAACAUUGGAAACUGCAUCGUCAUCGAUGUCUUCUACCAAAACAUCGGAAACUGAAACAUCAUCACUGUCUUCUACCAAAACAAUGGAAACUGCAUCGUCUUCGCUGUCUUCUACCAAAACAUCGGAAACUGCCUCAUCAUCGCUCCUUUCUACCAAAACAUCGGAAAAUGCAUCAUCAUCACUGACUUCUACCAAAACAUCGGAAACUGAAUCGUCAUCACUGUCUUCUACCAAAACAUCGUAA